UAAUUUGUAUAUCCCAAGCCAAAUUUCUGAACAAUUUUAGUUUAUUCUUGGUCAGCCAAUUUUGCCUUCUCUUAGCCAGUUCUCUGGACUGGCUGAUGUGGCGCUGUGGCUUGGCCAAUGGGGGCUGAUAGCCAGUUUCUGUGGCACAUCGUUCUACUUCUUGAUCCACAGGAUCUCUUGCCACAGCACCCGCCUUCCACUGUGCAGCCAGGUGUGCGGCCAUGGUCAGCCCCAGAAGCAGCUCAGAGACGUUGUUCCCCUUGAGGCCACAACUCUUCUUCCACAUCUCUGCUACCCAUUUCUGCACAGAACAGACCAAUGGCUGCUGUGCCGGACUAUUAUAAGCUUUUAGAAAUUCCUCGGGAUGCCUCUGACAACGAUAUUAAAAAGGCGUACAGGAAAAAAGCCCUGCAGUGGCACCCAGAUAAAAAUCCAGAAAGGAAGAAUUUUGCAGAACAGAAGUUCAAAGAAGUUACAGAAGCUUAUGAAGUGCUGUCAGACAAGGCCAAGAGGGAACGUUAUGACUGCUAUGGGGAUGGACUCACAACAGUUCCUGAAGAAGAGUUGGGAUUCACUUUCCGCAGCCCCUGGGAUGUUUUCCGAGAGAUGUUUGGGACCUCAGACUCCUAUUCUGCCAAGAAAGAUGACGAGGUCCCAUGGUACUUGCGAGGCCCUUUAUUUUCCAUCUCCAUUUCAGAAGAUUCAGGUGUUUCAAUAACUUUUGGCCCCAAAAGAUCUUUAUGUUUCUUCACUCUUGAUCCUAAAGUCUUCAGUUUAAAAAACAUCAUCACCAGGAAAAGGUCUGCAGAGAAGGAUUCUGAACAAGUAGAGGGAAAGGAUGAGAGAGAACUAAAAUCUGUUGAAGUUCCUGAUGAGGAAGAAAGCAACAAGGGAGAAGCGGUGGACAGUGAAAUACAGGCAGGGUCUGAGUCUGUACCAGAAUACAAGGAAGAUGAUGGAUGUGGGUUAGAUCCUGAGUGUGAGACUCCUGAUGAAGAAGAUGAGCCCCUGGAAGAAUAUGAGUCCUAUGAUAAUUGGAACAGCCCCUCUGGGGGAUUUGAAGCUGGGAAGGAGGAGGGGCCUUAUUCAAAUCCUUCCUCUUCCAUAUAUGGAUGUCACUAUGGAUCCAGGCCCCACACUGUUUAUGGGGUGACAUCUGGAUCCACAUCUCCCCGGUACUAUGCAAAGAAAUAUGGGACACAUAGAUAUAUCACCUCUCCUAUAUAUGAGCCACAAAGUGCGUAUGAACUGUAUGAUUCACAAUAUGGCUGCGAGGACUCCCCUGUUGAUGAGUCACAAUAUGAAUAUGAAUCCUCCCCUCCACCUGAGUCACGCUAUGUAUAUGAAAAUUCCUGGGGGCACAAGUCUCAAUGCAGCUAUGAGGGCAAUUCUCCAUGUGAGUGGCAAUAUGGAUACGAGACUCCUCCGAUAUAUGAAACGCAAUAUGGGGGCAAAACCUCCUCAGGAUUUGAAUCCCCCUAUGAAUACAAUUGCUCUCCUACAUACGACUGGCCCCUACAGCAGAAUGAGUCAGAGACCAAAGAUGCUUCAACUCCUGAAUAUGAGAUCCCUGCUAAUUGGAAAAAACUGCAGCAGGACUACACAUCCUCUCUAGGGAACACUGAACCAGAAGACAAACCCAACCCUUCUUUUAGAAGGACUGAUAGUACCCAAACACUGAAGAAACUAUUGGAUGGGUAUUGUCCAGUAGUUGGAAGCAAGACCCCUCUGGGUCACAGGGAAGGAGCACCCAACUCAAAUAGGGCCACUCCUCUGAGUACUGCACUAGUUUUACCUUCUCAUGAGCAAGGCAACAUCCAGCAGACUCCGCUACCAAACGGAGCAAGGAAACGAUCAUCGGACAACCCAGAUGGGCUUCUCAGUGGCAUGAGGAAAUUUUUGGAUGGAACAAGGAAGCUUUUAUGUAGAGGGAACAAUCUUCCAAAAGAUCAAUUUCCAGAAGGAGCCAAGUGGACCAGCCAACUUCCAAACAUAAAGAGCUCACCCCAGAGGGGGAUGAGGCCAUUGCAUGGUGGUGGAAGUCAUCUUCUGCAUGGAAACAACUUGUUUUUAGACAAUCCCAGCAAGCCCAAAGUGGAGAGGAACCUGGGCAUGGGCCAAGGAGCUCCACCGCCUCUCUCAAGAGGAGGCUAUUGGACACGAAGGGGAAUGACAUCUCAUCUUCCAGAUAUUUCAAGCAGGCUCCUGGGCUCCGUAAAUAGGCUUCCAGGCAGGGGCUUCUCUCCCUUGACUCCCCAUUCCAGCUCUUUCUAUAACUCCUAAACACAGGAGAAUGUUAUAAAUCCUGGAGAGCUGGAUAGAUGCUUAAUAAAGGGUGGAAGUAGAAGUCUUCCUUCCAGUCUGCAUUUGCUGUAAUUUCAUGAAAGGCUAGGCUCAUAGAA